CUCUCAAAUCCGUGGAGGCGUGGAUGCCUUCGAAAAAAACCUGAGGACUUCUUCCGGAGCGGGCGGUGUCAGGCAUUAGAUAUUUUCUUCUCUCCACGCAACUCCUCGAUAUUGCCGAUUUAGGUUUCAUCUGCUUGUUGCUGGGAAUUUGUGAUUUGAGUUCGAAUUAAAUCAAUUGAGAAAGUUUUCGAAAUUUGAGAAAUGGCUAAUUCAGAGGAACAGAGCGGUGGACAGAUCGACAACGUGGAACCCGCCGAUCAAAGGUCAGACGGUGGGGAUGCGGCCGAUGCGUUUCCGGAGGACUCUGUCGCCGCUUCAGAGCCAUCGGUCACGAGGAGGUUAACGGAGAUAUUUGUGGCGGAUGGCGACGGGGAUCUUCUCCUGCAGAGCACCGAUCCAGAGGGCGGUUUUCUUCAGUGGUUUCGGGCUUUGGAUAUGCAGGUGGUGGGGGCUUGCAGGACGGAUGAGAGGUUGAAGCCCUUACUGAAGCUUAACGUGUCGGCUGGAGUGGCUGAGGAUGGUCUGCUAGCUCACCUGAGUCAGCACUUCGAACCUUCAGAAGUUGGUUUGCUAGCCAGGUGCUUGUGUGUACCUCUGGUUUCUAUUCGAGUUGGAAAGAUAGACAAGCAAGGGGCUCUCAUGUAUCCAACAUCUAUAAGAGGGAAUUUAUUUCUCACCCUUUUGCCAACUUCUGAUUUGCGUGUAUCAUUUAAUGGGGAUGAUGGCACCGUGGAGAGGCUGGCAACAUUAGGCUCUGAGGUGCAUUCUGGUGAUUUAGUCAUGGAAGAGAUUUCUGCAGACAAGUCUGGAAGGUCUUUCUUAAUAAAAACACCGGAUAAUAUUGUUUCAUAUUUUUGGUGUUGUGAAAAAUCAAAGCUUUUAGGGGAUGAAUUGCUUGCAAAGGUGAAAAAAAAGGAUCAGAUGAAAGAUUUGGUGGUGAAAAAACCUUCGUUGGCUGCGUUAACUGGAAUUAGUGAGUGGCGCCUCAGUUAUUUUGCUACUCAUCUUCGAGCAUAUCUUACUGAUACCAUGUUAAGUAGUGGUGAACCCAAUGGCUUUCUCUCGGCAGAUGACCCGACCAAUUCUACAAAAGUCUGUUCAUCAUCAGCUCAAUCUGUUUCCAAUUUUCGGAAGAAUUUGCGGCAGUAUACCAGACAAGGGUCAAAGUCUAACCUGAUCUAUCUGGGUAGUCUGAGCCCCAAGUCAAGUUGUUUUAAGGAGGGCCUUCAAAAAAGUGGGUCUUCCCUGAGAAGUGGUGGCAGCAGAGAAAAACUGAGGCGCCGUGGAGAAAACUACAUGGCAUGUGUUGGCAGCCAAUCAGUUAGUACAGUUGCUAAAAACAAAGUUGGCGAAUUAAAUAUUUCAGAGAAAUCAACAGUUGAAAAGCAAAUACCUUGUUCAUCUGGCAGUGGCAGCUUGUUGUCCCCUCAGUACUGCUGGUGCCCUCAGCUGCCAAUAGGCGAGCCAUUUUCCCUGCCCCCACUUUCUUCUCUGCUGUUAUCAUCAUCAUCAAAACCAAAACCAAAACCAAAACCAGUGGUGAACGUGGCCGAUCUCCCACCUCUGGAUUUUGGUGGUGUUGUGACCUCGAUUUUCACGCCUCCGAUUGUGCAUGUUCCCGUCAUUGAUGUUGUGGCAACGAAUGUGGAAUCUGCGGUGGAGAAAGGUGCUCGGGAGACGCUGAGGAUGCUUAUCAAUGGCAAUGAGCAAAAGAUUUUUUAUAGUGGGGCAAGGGAUGUGGUUACUAGUGUGUCUGCUACUGCUGCUACUACUGUGGGGCUCGUUUUCCUCGUUACAGAUGAUUGCCAGGAGCAGAAGAACCCUUCUGGGCCUGCUGAUGAAGAGGGGGGCAGUUGAUUUUUUUUUAGUAUUUCAGCUCUUCUGUACAUUUCUUUUUGGGUAUAUAUGCUGGUGCUGGUUUCUUAUGUUGAGACUUCUGGGUGUAUUGUAUGUCUUUUUUGGAAGUCAUCAAUUAUUAUUAUUAUUAUU